UGUGCGUUUGAGGAAAAAAAAACAUGGAAUGGCACAUUCAGCAGGUGAAAAAGGGGUAAAUGUGAAAAUAAUGAAAAUAAUUCACUGAAUAAUGGUAGGGUCGUUUCUAUCGUCACAACAAAUAGGAAGACAAUCUAAAUGACUUAUAUAACUGAACACAUUAUCUAAUGCAAAUAAGGUUGCUUAAAAGUUGGUGGGGACAACUUGAGCUUCCUGAAAAGUUGGUAGUGUUUUGUCCCUACCGUCCCAAUGCAAACCUACGCCCUUAGUUCUAACGCAUUUUUAAACUGCAAUUAUGAUCUGUGCUACUCUUAAAAUGCAAUUUUCAAUUCUUUCAGCCAGAUGGGGCUGCUUCAACAGAGGCUAAUAUUUUCAGGCUUAUCUACAUUUUCAGUCUUUUUAAGCCUGCCCUUUGUGCUACAGAGAGGGUUACUAAAGACCCAGGGCUGUAGAAACCUUUUCCCUUGUGCCAAUAUAUUAUUUGCUCAUGUUUGGAAAUUCUGUUUGAGCAGUUCUUGCCAUGUAAGGUCAAAGAUCAGAUAUGGUACGAUAAGGUAAGCGUGAUCCAUCAAAUUCCAGAUUGAGUGUCUGAGAUAAGACAAUCAAUCAGGAGGUGAGGAAAUCCUGGGAAGACUUUGGACUUACUUCACUGACUUCUUUUCCUUCCCACCAGUCGUGGUUCUGCGAGUUGUCUGUCUUUUCUUGGGGUAAUAUGAAGAUUGAUUUUGCCCCUGUCGAUGUGCCCCUAUGCAGGAGACUGCAGACUGCUGCAGUGCUGCAAUGGGUUUUUUCCUUUCUUGCCUUAGCACCCACUUGCAUCUUCCUGUUUUUCUACCUGCUGUUCACUCGAUACUGGUUGAUCAGCGUGCUAUAUUCGGUCUGGUGGUUCUUUGACUAUGAUACUCCUGCACGCGGAGGCCGCAGGGUGCCUUACUUGUGUGGAAUCAAAAUGUGGGACUACAUGCGGGAUUACUUCCCCAUCAAGUUGGUGAAGACAGUCGACCUGGACCCUCGGCACAACUAUGUCAUGGGCUUCCACCCCCAUGGAGUCCUGGUGGCAGGAGCCUUUACCAAUUUCUGCACCUAUUCCACAGGCUUCAGAGAACUAUUCCCAGGCCUCAAAAGCUACCUGCUCAUGCUGCCACUUUGGUUUCGAGCCCCAUUCUUCAGAGACUAUAUCAUGUGUGCAGGUCUGAUUCCAUCUGACAAAGAGAGUGCCAGUUAUCCUCUCCGGCAGAGGGGUGGUGGUAAUGCUGUUGCAAUUGCUGUUGGUGGUGCUCCAGAGGCCCUUGAUGCCCACCCUGGGACUUAUAACGUACUCUUGGCCAAAAAGAAAGGUUUCAUUAAAAUGGCUAUGGAGAAUGGGGCUCACUUGGUGCCAGUCUUCUCAUUUGGUGAGAACGAGGUGUUUGACCAAGUGGGGAACCCAAGAGGAACUUGGCUGAGAAGUGUACAGGAACAAUUGCAAAGCAUCAUGGGUAUCUCCCUUCCUCUUUUCCAUGCUCGUGGGAUUUUCCAAUACUCCUUUGGUCUCAUGCCGUACAGAAAACCCAUUCAUACCAUUGUUGGACGGCCAAUUAGGGUGAAAAAGAACGAGAAACCAACAAGCGAGGAGCUUGAUGCCCUUCACCAGUUGUACAUGGACGAGCUCAGCCAUCUCUUUGAGCAGCACAAGAGCAACUACGGCGUGGACAAAGAGACCCACCUGAACUUUGUCUGAAAUUGACCCAGGAAGCAUUAUUAUUUAUUCUGAAGUUUUUUUUUUUUUUGGAUUGGCUUUGUAAAAUCAAAUUAUUUCAACAUUGUAAUGGCAGUUAAAUAAAAAUAUUUUCGUUGUGAAACAAGCUUUAUAUGUUUGUAUACAAUAUAACUGGGCCUUGGUGAUAAAUUGAUUUAAUUAAUUGAGCCCUUUUUCCCCUCCCCAACCCAUAAGGAAUGAAGUCUGCAAGGGAAAAAAAAUAAGUAUGUCAAAUCUAUCUAGAAGUAUACAAGGUGUUGGCGAGAGAAUGAAAAUCUAGUAACAGGUUAUUCAAUAUAUAUAAGAUUUUACUGAAGUUAUUCAAUAUAUACGUAUAUACAGUGAGGAAAUUAAGUAUUCGAACACCCUGCGAUUUUGUAAUUCCUCCCACUGAGAAAUGACGGGCGGGUUUGAAGUUUUCAUGGUAGGUGCUUGUCCACUAUGAGAACCCUCCCCCCCACCCAAAAAAUCCAGAAAUCACAGUGUAUGAUAAAAAAAAAUCCAGAAAUCACAGUGUAUGAUUUUUUUGAACAAUUGAUUUGUUUUUAUACUGCUGUAAAUAAGUAUUUGAACACAUGAGAAAAUCAAUGUUAAUAUUCACAAUGUUUGCACACACUGCAACAGGGAUUUUGCACAACUGCUCCACACAGAUGCUCUUUAGAUCAAUCGGGUUUCUGGGCUGUCACUGAGAAACACAGAGUUUGAGCUUCCUCAAAAGAUUUUCUAUUGGGAUUAUGUCUUUUAGAUUAUUGCACAAUAAACCUAAAAUCAGAGCUGUGCAUAUUGUUAAAAAAACAAUAAAAAAUAAAAGUUAAUACACUCAUGUAAAGCUGUCAGAACACGAGGGGCGAAUG